CCUUGAGGCAACGGGCGGGCAACGCACCGGAGGGAAGAUGAGGGGGAAAACAGCUCAAGACCCUGUACCUCUCAGGUAACAUCCGAUGCCAUGUCAGGCAACAGGAGUUUCAUUCAAAGAGUGAUGUCUGUGAGGCGCUGCACAGACCCCCAGUCCCACCUUGCAGCAUCUGACUGUGUGCUGCCUGUGCACAAAGUGAGCGGUUUCAAACUUUCAGUGUGAGACUCCACCUUUAGGAUGUGGCUUCACAGUUGAUUGAAACUGAUCUCAUUCUGACUUCUUGAGGAAAGAAACCCUGCUGCCUUCCUGGUAUCAACCCUGUUAAAACAAACGCUGUUCAAAAUGGCUUGUUUGCAUAUGCAGUCAUGGGGUUGCUAGCAUCGACAGAAGGAAGAUAAAUCACGUUAGGAGUUGAAAUAUGGAUCGGUUCCAUGAUUUUCUGACCCGUCAUUACAGAAAUAUGGGUGCUGGAGCAAGGGAGCAGGCAGUGAGCACUCAUUCACAGGCCAUGAUGAAAUCCCACAACACCAUUUUGAGAGGGUGAGGUGAACGGGGAGAAAGAGCAAUAAAAAAUGGCCAGGCAAACAACUGUGACGAUUACUUUGGUGACCCUGCUGGGUGUUGCAUUAGGGGGCCUGGUUUUGUGGAAAGUGACCCAGCGUCGGAAAGGAAAAACACACUGUAGUAGUCAGCAAGAGGAAGCAGCGGUAAAGUCAGGAGAUGAGAAACUCAUUGAGGCAGAGGAUAAGAAGGUGGUUUCCUUCUUCAACUCUCCCACCUUUUUCUGGAUAGAGAGGACCCUUGGUGCAGACAUAGUGAUUGUUUCAGAGCAGGAGGAGUGGGAUCAUGUUGAACCAUUGAUGAAGAAAGAGCUGGAGAAGUGGCCGGUUCUUGGAAUUGAUUGUGAGUGGGUAUCUGUGGAGGGAAAAGCAAAUCCUGUAUCCCUGUUACAGAUGGCUUCUUCCAGUGGCCUCUGCAUUCUUGUUCGGUUGCCCAGGCUUGUUGCCGGUGGCCAGACUCUUCCAAAGACCCUGCUGGACAUCAUGGCAGAUAGUGCUGUGUUGAAAGUUGGAGUAGGGUGCUGGGAAGAUGCUUGCAAAUUGCGUCAUGAUUAUGGUCUUGCAGUCAAAGGGAGCAUGGAUCUCCGGUAUUUAGCCAUGAGACAGCGGAAGGAUCUAUUUCACAACUGCCUUAGCCUUAAGUCUUUGGCUGAAAAAGUCCUGAACUUCGCACUUGACAAAUCUCCUCAUGUGCGUUGCAGCAACUGGGAAGCAGAAGAGCUGACACAAGACCAGGUUCUCUAUGCUGCAAGGGAUGCCCAGGUCUCAGUGGCUCUGUUCUUCCAUUUGCUGGGAUUUACCAGCCUCCCUGCUACAUCUGAAGGUGAAAACUCUGUCACUGCUUGGGAGAAAGCACGGGGUAAAUGCCACGGUUUGGUGGAUAUCCCAUUUAGAGGAAGAAAGAAUGGCAGCACAGGAGAGGAGAAGAGUGGGGAGGGACGUUCCCCUCAGAAAACGAAGAAUCGGAAAUCUUGGGUGAAUGGCCAGUCCCCUGGCAGUCAGCAGAUGAGAGAUCCACGGAGGCAGAAGCGAAAGCCUCUGGGUAUGGGAUAUUCUGCACGAAAAUCUCCACUGUAUGACAACUGCUUCCUGCAUGCACCAGAUGGACAGCCCCUGUGCACUUGUGAUCGCAAGAAGGCUCAGUGGUAUUUGGACAAGGGGAUUGGAGAGCUAGUUAGCACAGACCCUUUUGUUGUGAAGCUGCGGUUUGAGCCUUCAGGACGUCCCGAGUCUCAAGUUGAUUAUUAUCUGACAGUCAAAGAAAACCUCUGUGUUGUAUGUGGCAAGCGAGAAUCCUAUAUCCGGAAGAACAUUGUUCCUCACGAAUACCGAAGGCACUUCCCCAUCCAGAUGAAAGACCACAACUCGCAUGACGUGCUCCUGCUCUGCACGUCCUGCCAUGCCAUCUCCAAUUACUAUGACAACCACCUGAAGCAGCAGCUGGCCCAGGAGUUUGGGGCUCCCAUCGGCUCCGAGGAGGGCGUGCGUCUCCUGGAGGACCCUCUGCGCAGGCAAGUGCGCUCGGGAGCGCGCGCCCUGCUGAAUGCAGACGGCCUGCCUGACCCCCGCAGGGCAGAGCUGCUGCAAAGCAUCAAGGACUUCUAUAACACAGACACAGUCACUCCAGAGAUGCUCCAGGCAGCAGCUGGUCUCGAAACCAGGAUCUGCAAUGAGAGCUACGUGCCACAUGGACUGAAGGUGGUGCAGUGUUGUGCUAAAGGAGGCCUGCGCUCUCUUAUGCAGCUGGAAAGACGCUGGCGGCAGCAUUUCUUGGACAGCAUGAAGCCCAAACACCUCCCAGAGCAAUGGUCAGUGGACCAUAACCAUGCGAAAUUGAUCCAAAAGUACGGGGAGGAUCUUCAGAUCAAGCUGUCAUGAAACUGACUUCCUGGACUCUGGAUAGUAUCUAAUGGACAUAAGUAACUGAAGAUGGAAAGACUAUUUUGAUUUCUAUGUCUUCACUAACACCUGGGGCCUGGGUUUGCAAAAAGGCAGCAGUAGAUCUGCCGGAUUUGCCAGAGUUAAAUUUGACAGUUCAUUGACUUGAACUUUCAGGUGGUUUGGAAGUUUAAUCCUAGUCUGUCACUUACUAGUUCGGUGCAAGAGUGAUAUGAUAAGGGAACUUGUCUUCUCUAAGUGACUAUGAAGAAUAAUUUUCUAGCCCCCAGGGUGUCUGAUGCCUCCAGACCAUCUCUCAUAACAGAGUAAGUCCAGAGAAAGACAACAAAAGCACAAUAGGUGAAUGUUUCUAGAUUUUCUGACGUACAUUUGUGCCCUUGGCUUUACCUUGAGGAUCUUCUUGAUAAAAAUCUGCCUUUGUUUUCAGCACAGUUGUACUCAUAAGAGUUCUUCCUAGAGAAGACCACCUACCAGAGACAGAUUCUCUGUCUGGAAGAAGCAAAGAAACCUUUUUUUUUGGCAGAUUCUGAGCUGUCCCAGCAUUGCAGAUAGGCCUCAGCAAGUUUCCUAGUGGCGGGUGCCUGAUGAGAAGUGACACUCUGGCAGUAUGGAAAUACCCACGUCAAGUCUUUUGUCAAACAGCUUCCAGUAACAUAAAGUUUAUAAAAAAUGUUUUUCCUAAUUCUGCUUGUUUGUCAUGAGUAGAGUGCUCACAUGUGCAGGGCUGUUAUAGAGAUGAGGUGGCAUAACUCCUAUGACUGGUGUGUUGGAAUGGAAGGAUGCAGGCUCUUUAGGAAGAACAGGCACUGGAGGCGAGGAGGAGGUGUCACCUAUGUCAGUGAUUGGUUGGAGUGCACAGAGCUCCAUCUGGAGUGCAUGGAGUUCAGCCUAGGGAUGGAUGAGGAGUCCAUCAAGAACUUAUGGGUCAGGAUUACAGGGAGGGCAGGGACAGGUGACAGAAGGGAUCUGCUACAGGUCUCCCAACCAAGCAGACUGAAUGGUUGAAGCCUUGUAUAGAUAAGAGCAAUCUCGUGUUCAUAAGGCUUAGUCUUCAUGGGGGACUUCAGCCACCCCGUAUUUGUUGGAGAGGCAACACAGCAGGGCAUGAGCAAUUCAGGAGGUUCCUGGAAUGCGUUGAAAACUUUUCCAGAAAGCCAAUGGCAUCAUGGGCUACAUCAAAAGAGGCAUGACCGGCAAGUCAAGGGAGGUGAUUCUCCCCCUCUAUUCUGCUCUUGUGAGACCACUUGGAGUACUGUGUCCGGCUCUGUGGCCCCCACCAUAAUAGAGCAAGUCCAGAGAAGGGCUACAAAGAUUAUCAGAAGCCUGGAGCACCUAUGAGUUCUUUCAAGAGUGUGUAGAGCAAGGGUUAAUGGACUUAAACUGAAAGAGGCUGGCUUUAGAUUAGGUAUUCGGAAGAAAUUCUUUACUGUGAGGGUGGUGAGGCACUGGCACCUUGCCAGAGAAGCUGUGAAGGCCUUAUCCCUGGAAGUGUUCAAAGCCAGGCUGGGUGGAGCUGUGAGCAACCUGGUGUAGUGGAAGGUGUCCCAGUUUUUGGCAGGGAUGUUGGAGUGGGAGAUUCUUUAGAGUCCCUUCCAACCCAAACCAUUCAGUAAUUCUUUGAAUAGCACCUGGUGAGUACUUUUUCAUAUCAGACUGAAAUAAGGACAGGUGUCUUAAAAGGGAUGAGAGGAAACAAAGACCAGAAGCUUUUAAGAGAUCUGACCUCACAUGGCAAAAAAAUGGAAAAUCUGAUGUUCUGUACGUGGAUUUGACAUGUGUGGUGUUGAGCAAGUUACACUCUCUUCAUGCCUGUUUCUCUGUCUCUAAAAUGGGACUAAUAAUACUUAACUAUCUCACAAAGGUUUUGUGAGGCUUAAGGAAUUAAUGUUUUUGUAAAAUGCUUUGAAAAUAUAAAACAGUGUGUGUUAAUUAUUAUUGUUGUUUUUUAAGACGUGCUACUGUCUAACUUCCUUAAAUAUUCACAGUUUUUGUCUGGUGCUAGACCUUAGUUAAAGAUAAGUUUUUAAAAAUACACACUCCUUUCUGUAAAAUCGCUUUUGAUGAUUUUGAUUGCAUGAGAUGAGUUUGCUUCUACUGAAUGAUGAAGCUAUGCUCAACUUUUAUAUGCCUCUGUAAAGACGUUUUAGUAAAACCAUUAUCUUCACA